AUGCCGUAUCUAUCCCUUGCGGGAAUGAUCUCUGAUCACCUCCUUUCAUCUGCUGUGUUCCAGCGGACAUAUCCGAUGCCAGCUCGUGUGUCGCUCCCAGGCAACGAUGCUAGACACCACCGAGUCAAGGUGGGAGCCAAUAACAUUCGAGCAUCGAGCCCGUGCCUGCUUGGAGUCUUCUCGAUGGCAGCAGCAUCCCAUAUACCACCAUCCUCCUACUAUUGCUCUUGUCUUGGCACGACAUCACUGCAUCAUAUCCUGAGCCUUGCGAAAUAG